AUGAGCACAGACACUCAAGUUGAUCCGACUUCUCAAUCAGCCCCAUUAAUGUAUCAUGUAGAAGGAGAUAUUUUCUAUGUUCCUUGCAUCUUGAGCGCAAACUCCUGCGAAUUCAAGCCGUUGCUUCAGCCUAUCAACCCUCCACCAGAACCUUCUUCGGAUCUAUCAAAAUCAAAUGGCUGAACUUCCAAUGAAGAUAUUGUCCUCUAUCGUAUUGUAGAAGCACGUGGACUCAAAGCCUGAAGUGCAAUUGCCAAAGAAUUAAACGCUGUAAUGCAUCAAAAAAACGAGGUCCGCAAUGGAAGACAAUGCAGAGAAAGAUGGUACAAUCAUGUUGAUCCAAGCUUAAAAAAAGGAGAAUGGACUCCUGAAGAAGACAUGUACAUCCUUGAACAGCAGCAAUUGAUAGGAAAUAAAUGAAGCGAAAUAGCGAGAGGGCUAACGGGAAGAACAGAAAAUAGUGUAAAAAAUAGAUGAAAAAGUAUGGUAAAGAAAACAGAAAAAAUUUGUCCGCCUGGGGUAGAUGUCAUUGAUAUACUAAUAGCUCAGAAACAAGGAAAAGAAAUGGAAAGCUCAGAUGGAGAAACGAUGCCGAUGGCGUCACCUCAGAUAAGAUGGAGGAAUCUUAAUGAUACGCCAAUAGCUUCACAGAUGCAGUUUAGCCCUCAAAUUGGGUUCAGCCCACAGCUGGGAUUUAGCCCACAAAUCGACUUUAGGAGUCCAGCUGGUUUUAGUCCGCCUGUAGGAUCGAAUAUGAAAAACGUGUUUAUUAGGGAGUUACCUAUGGGAUAUCGAGAAGGAGCUGAAAUGUGGAACCAAAUUUAUUUCCAAAACAACCAAGAAAAUAUCAGCGGAACUCCUUCUCCUUCUAUAUUCUUAUCUAUGUAG